AUGAAGUACCUCCUCCCCAUCCUCGCAUCAGCAGCCUAUGCCACCGCGCAGUCCGUCUCCGGAUCUGCUGAAGGUUUUGCUUCCGGCGUUACCGGCGGUGGCAGCGCCACCCCCGUUUACCCUGCGGACGAGGCCGAGCUCGAAGACCUUCUCUCCAGCGAGGGCGAGCAGGUGAUUGUUCUCACCAAGACCUACGACUUCACCGGCACCCAGGCUACCGGCACCGCAUGCUACUCGUGGGGCACUGGUGAAGGCUGCCAGCUGAUCCUGCAAGACGACUGUGGCGAUACCCCUAGCACUACAGUGACCUACGACGCGGCCGGCAAGACUCCUAUUCCUGUGGCUUCGGACAAGACGCUGCUGGGUGUUGGGAGCGAAGGUGUCAUCAAGGGCAAGGGUCUGAGCUUCACGAACGACGUCAGCAACAUUAUUGUUCAGAACAUCAAGAUCACCGACUUGAACCCUCAUUACGUGUGGGGUGGAGAUGCGUUGACUUUCGAUGGCUCGAGCAACAUCUGGAUUGAUCACGUUGAGACCGAGCUCAUCGGCCGCGUCCACUACGUCUUCGGCUACAACGCCAACAGCGCCGUCACCCUAUCCAACAACUUUCUCAACGGCGAAACCACCUACUCCACCAGCUGCGACGGCUACCAAUAUUGGGGCAUGGAGCUCGUCGGCGAAGACGACCAGAUCACCUUCAAAGGAAACUACCUCUACAAAACCUCCGGCCGCGCGCCCGCCCUCAGCGGCAGCACCAAGUUCCACGCCUGCAACAACGUGUGGUCCGACAACAACGGGCACGCCAUCGAAGGCAACGAGCAGGGCCAGGGCCUCUUCGAAGGAAACGUCUGGCAGGACGUGACGUCCGUGAUCUCGUCGUCGACCUGGGAGGCCGGCGACAUGUUCCUGUCGUCUGCGGACGGGACCGGCAACGACGCCUGCGCCAGCUACAUCGGCCGCAACUGUGCGUCUAGCAUCUACACUAAUGAUGGAGGCGACUAUACUAGCUACGCGGAUGUUAGCUGGUUGGGGGACUGGUCUGGUUUGACGAUUGCGGACUGCCAGGAGGCGAGUGAGAUUGAGAGCUCGGUUCCUGGCUCUGCUGGGAAUACGCUCUGA